AUGGCAAUGGAUGGAAGUUUCAGUCUGGAAUCGGCUUUGGAAAGAUUCCUUGUGCGUUGCCCGGAGCUUUCCACUAUUGACAAGCUCCGUCAUCUUGUAGACAUGGGGCAUGCUUUGAUGGAAGAAGAAGUGGUGAAUUCAUUGGCAGAGCUGUUUCUGAACCCUAAUUAUACCAUCCCUUUGAUUGGUUGUUUUCGGCCACUAGCUCGAAGAAUAGUUGACCAAGCCGUGGCUUUGCUUAGCCACUGCAAUCUAACGUCCAAUUCAGAUGAUAUAGUAGGAGAUUUUGUUGAUGCUGAUGUUGUUUAUGUUAUUGAGCACUAUGAAAGUAGUGGGAGGGGUUUGGACCUUCACGAGCUUGCUUGCUUGGCCUUCUGUCGUGCCCUUGACUUGGAUCAUUAUUUAUUGAGGUCUGUCACAACUUACUUUAAAUUUGCUCCACCUCCUUUUGAGCGCAUAUUGAGGAAAAGAGCAGUUUCCGAGGCUGAACUGUUCGAGGCCGCAAAUCAUUACUUAUUUGCUGUGAGGAUAUCUUACCGCCUCAUUCUUAUGGAACCCGAGUUCUUCCCUGAACAUUGGGACUGGUCCUGUUUUUUGGACCUAGUAAAGAAGUCAGUAAAUCUGGAUCUGGGUCAUGGUGCCAAGGAUGAGAUGGUGAUUGCAGAUAUAAAAUGGUGUGGGAUACAAAUACUGUGUGCAACUUUGGGAAUGAGUGACAGAGCAGUUGAAAAUUUUGGUGUUGGAGCUGAGGAAGCAUCUUUGAGUUUGUUGCGCUGGGAGGAAUUUUGUCAGGAUGUAGCUAUAGAGAAGUAUGGGUUGUAUAUUGGGUCAUCCAAACUGACUAAGUUUGGUUCUUUCAAUGGAGGCAUCAAGUUCAGUCAACAGAACUACCUCAGGUCUUGUGGUCUUAAUUCUCUGAUAUCAUCACAGAGUCAUCAAAUUGAGCCGGUGAUUAAGAGUCGAAGGGUGUUGACAUGGGAUGAUAGGUCAGCUGCCGAUCCGUUCAUCAUCACAUCUGUGAUGAAUAAAAGCUUUGAGAUGGUGCUCUUGGCUGUGACUCAAAAAUGGCCAGUCCUUCUGUAUGGCCCUCCUGGGGCUGGCAAAACUGCUCUCAUUAGCAAGUUGGCUCAGGAUGCUGGGAGCCAAGUUCUGUCUAUUCACAUGGAUGAUCAAAUUGAUGGCAAAACACUGAUUGGGAGUUAUGUGUGUACCGAGCAACCUGGUGAAUUUAGAUGGCAACCUGGGUCACUUAUCCAGGCUGUUCUGAAUGGAUAUUGGGUUGUAUUUGAGGACAUUGACAAAGCACCAUCGGAUGUGCAAUCUAUCUUAUUGCCUUUGUUGGAAGGUGCAAUCUCCUUCAAUACCAGUCAUGGGGAGGAAAUAAGGGUGCCAGAGAGUUUUCGACUAUUUUCUACCAUCACCACUUCCAAGAGUGAUGUAUCUCACGUGGCAGAAGGAGGAAGUUCACUUAGCAAUCUUUGGAGGAGAGUGAUGAUUGGACUACCAAAUAAUGAUGACGUGGAAAAUAUAGUGAAAGCAUGGUAUCCGAGUUUGGGACCACUUACCGGAAGACUCAUAGGUGGGAUGUAUGAGAUGUUAAAGAAUUUUGAGUUCCAAAAUGCUUAUCACUUACACGUAUUUGCGUCCUUUUCAGUUUCUGCUGAAAAUCAACUAACUGUAAUGAGAGACAUUGCAAAGUUGUGGGGAGUUCCAAUCGCAGAGGCAGGAAUCCAGAAUCCUUAUAAACCUGAAAUUCAGAAUUUGUUCACAGAAAUAAGAAUUGGUCGAGUUGCUCUUCAACGCACUGAAACUGUGGUGCAUGGCCAAGAGAGACUUGUUGAGAUGCGGAGUUCUCUAUAUGUGCUUGAGAAAAUAGCUUGCUCUGUUAAUUACAAUGAGCCCGUUCUCUUGGUUGGUGAAACUGGAACGGGAAAGACUACACUUGUACAGAAUCUAGCCAUGAUGCUGGGUCAGAAGCUUACUGUUUUGGAAAAUGAUAAAAUAUUUGCUUACUUACAAAAGCAAUUGAGGAAUAAGAACUGGAAACCAUUAUUAAAUGGAUUUAAGAAGUAUGUUGAUAUUUUCCAAAAGAAAUUACAGAUAGAAAGAUCUGGGAGUGGGAAGAAACGGAAGAAACCUUUGGAUGAAAAUAUCAGAGCUUGGGAGAGUUUCUCUGUGCAACUUGAAGCUGCUCUUCGUCAAAUUGAAGCUUCAUCUGGAAUGCUAUUUUCAUUUGUAGAAGGAGCCUUUGUAACUGCACUUAGAAAUGGGGAGUGGAUUUUGCUUGAUGAGGUGAAUUUGGCUCCACCUGAGACCUUGCAGAGAGUUAUUGGUGUCCUUGAAGGAGAAUAUGGGUCACUUUGCUUAGCUGAAAGAGGGGACGCCAGUCCUAUACCUAGACAUCCUGGUUUCCGUAUAUUUGCCUGUAUGAAUCCUGCAACUGAUGCUGGGAAGCGUGACUUGCCAUAUUCAAUGCGGAGUAGAUUUACGGAAUACUUUGUUGAUGAUGUGUUGGAUAAAGACGAUUUGAAAUUAUUUAUUAACAAAUUUAUGGAGGAAAGCAGAUCAAAUAUUGAACUUGAAAAGAAAAUAAUUGAUUUCUAUGAAGCAGCCAAAAAGAACUCUGAAGAACGACUGCAAGAUGGAGCCAAUCAGAAGCCACAGUACAGUUUAAGGUCUUUAUACCGUGCACUAGAAUAUAUCAGGGAGGCAAAGGGAAAAUUUGGAUUUCCAAAAGCAAUUUAUGAUGGAUUCUGUAUGUUCUUUCUUACUUUGUUGGACAGGCCUAGUGCCAAGAUUAUGAAAAAGAUGAUCAAGCAGAAACUGUUGGGUGGAAAUAAACCUUCACCUGUACCAUUUGAUUCUUACUUGAGGGUUAUAAAAAUAUCUGGUUCUGAUGAUUUCCUUAAGAGUUAUGUUCUAACGAAGAGUGUUAAAAAGCAACUGGAGAAUGUGGCACGUGCUGUUUUUAUUAAGAGAUAUCCUGUUCUCCUACAGGGGCCCACUUCUAGUGGGAAAACUAGCCUGGUCCAGUAUCUUGCUGCAAGAACUGGGCAUGAAUUUGUACGGAUAAAUAAUCAUGAACAUACUGAUCUGCAGGAAUAUUUGGGUUCUUAUAUAUCUGAUGCUCAAGGGAAGCUUGUAUUUCAGGAAGGUGUGUUAGUUAAGGCUGUUCGCAAUGGUUACUGGAUUGUUCUGGAUGAGCUCAAUCUUGCUCCUUCUGAUGUGCUGGAAGCAUUGAAUCGAUUGUUAGAUGACAAUAGAGAACUCUUUGUGCCUGAACUGCGGGAAACUGUUCGGGCACAUCCAAAUUUUAUGCUUUUUGCGACUCAAAAUCCACCUACUUUCUAUGGCGGGCGUAAAAUGCUUUCCCGAGCCUUCCGUAAUCGUUUUGUGGAGGUUCAUGUGGAUGAAAUUCCGGAUGAUGAGUUGAGCACAAUAAUAGAGAAAAGGUGUAAAAUCCCGGGAAGCCGUGCUAAGUUGAUGGUUGAGGUCAUGAAGGAGUUGCAGUUGCACAGGCAGAGUAGUAAAGUUUUUGCUGGGAAACAUGGAUUCAUAACUCCACGAGACUUGUUUCGCUGGGCAAAUCGUUUGAGGGCUUUUGGAGAUUCUAAAGAAGUUAUGGCUGAACAUGGUUAUUACCUUUUGGCCGAUAGACUGCGGGAUGGCAGAGAGAGGCAAGUGGUUCAAGAAGUUUUAGAAAGGGGUCUUCGAGUCAAAAUUGUCAGAGAUGACUUGUACAAGGAAUCAGUUGCAAGGGAAUCAGAAUCAAUUGGAAGUGACUUGCAGAGUUUUGGCGAUGUCAUACUCACCAAAAGUAUGAGGAGAUUGUAUUUUCUUGUCAAGCGUUGUUUUGAGUUACGCGAACCUGUGCUCCUUGUUGGCGAAACUGGUGGUGGGAAGACUACUGUCUGUCAGUUACUGAGUGGAGCAUUGGGGUCAAAGUUACACAUUUUGAAUUGCCAUCAAUACACAGAAACAUCUGAUUUCAUUGGGGGGUUCUAUCCUGUCCGAGAGAGAUCAAGACUGGCAUCAGAAUUCAAAUGUAUAAUUGAAAAAUGGAUAUUGUCAAAAGCUUAUAUCCAAUUUGCUCAAGACUUGGAUGUUUCUUCUGACAUUGUUCAGGCUUCUUCAACUCUUGAUCACCUCGAUCUAAUAAUAACAAGCUAUAGACAAGGCCGAGUUUCAUGUCCUGAUGUCACUGUGAAAGACCUUGAUACUCUCGAGCAGAUGAAGUUGGAUCUGACCCGUUUGCAUCAGAAGUGGCACACAAUAUUUAUGUGGCAAGAUGGGCCUCUAGUGCAAGCAAUGAAGGCUGGUGAUCUGUUUCUUGUCGAUGAAAUUUCUUUGGCUGAUGAUAGCGUAUUGGAAAGGCUGAACAGUGUCUUGGAGCCAGAGAGAAAAUUGUCGUUGGCUGAGAAAGGAGGGCCUGUCAUGGAAAAUAUUACUGCUCAUGAAAAUUUUUUUGUCCUUGGAACUAUGAAUCCUGGUGGUGAUUAUGGUAAGAAGGAAUUAUCUCCAGCUCUUCGUAACAGGUUUACCGAAAUUUGGGUUCCUUCUGUUGGUGAUCUAGAUGAACUUGGAGAUAUUGCUUUGAACAGAUUUUCCAAUCCAGAACUCUCAUACAUUGUGGAUGCUAUGCUAAAGUUCUGGGAGCUAGAGAAAGGGAGGACGCUUACUGUGAGAGAUCUCCUAUCUUGGAUUCAGUUUAUUAUGGUGACUAAAGGAGGUUUAGGAUCCGAUUAUGCAUUCCUCCAUGGGCUUUUCCUUGUUUUACUUGAUGGACUAAGCCUAGGUACUGGUAUUUCCAAAAAUGAUGCAGAAUUAUUAAGAGAGACAUGCUUGUCUUUUCUUCUGAAAGAAUUAAAGGUGCGUUUGGAGGAUACUAACCUACAUAAACUGUCAGUCAUGGAAAAUUAUGGUUGGGGUGAUGUUGGAGAACCUGUCGAUAUUUCAUGCGGUGAUGAUAUGCAGUGUGACAGUAGCUUUGGUAUCGAUCCAUUUUACAUUGAAAAAGGUCUUGAAAAAUGUGAGGCUGGUGGUUUUGAAUUUUUGGCCCCAACAACACGCAGAAAUGCUUUGCGGGUAUUGCGAGCUAUGCAGCUUCCCAAGCCUGGCAGUCCCGGUGUUGGUAAAACAAGCUUGAUUAUUGCCUUGGGAAAGUAUUCUGGGCAUAAAGUUGUCCGCAUAAAUUUGUCUGAGCAGACUGACAUAAUGGAUUUGCUGGGAUCAGACCUACCUGUUGAGAGUGAUGAAGGGAUGAAAUUUGCAUGGUCUGACGGGAUCUUGCUACAGGCUCUGAAAGAGGGUUGUUGGGUUUUGCUGGAUGAGCUUAAUCUCUCCCCACAGUCUGGCUUGAAUGCUAUCCUGGAUCAUCGUGCUGAGGUCUUCAUUCCAGAGCUUGGCCAAACCUUUAAAUGUCCACCAUCUUUCAGAAUCUUUGCAUGUCAAAAUCCUUUUUCCCAAGGAGGUGGCAGAAAAGGCCUUCCCAAAUCCUUUCUGAAUCGUUUCACUAAGGUGUAUAUAGAUGAGUUAGUUGAAGGUGAUUAUCUUUCCAUCUGCACUUCACUUUUUCCAUCCAUUCCAAGACCCAUUCUUUCAAAACUAAUUGUCUUCAAUAAAAGGCUACAUGAAGACACUAUGUUACAUCACAAGUUUGGUCAGGAUGGCUCACCUUGGGAGUUCAAUUUGCGUGAUGUGAUUCGUUCUUGUCAGAUUUUUGAAGGUGCUCCUGAGAAAUUAAAGGUUGAUUGCUUUCUCAACAUUGUAUAUGUUCAGAGAAUGCGUACUGCUGCUGACCGCAAAGAAGUCCUGCGGAUCUAUGAAGAGGUGUUUGGGGUUAAGCCAUUCAUUAACCCUUACCCACGAGUGCAAUUAAAUUCUAAGUAUUUGAUUGUGGGGAACACUGUCAUCAAAAGGAACACUUUGCGGUCGUCUAAGCCUUUGAACAGUGCAUUGAAUAUCAUCCCCAGUAUUCGCCACAGCUUGGAAGCUGUUGUCCAUUGCAUAAAGCAUCAAUGGUUGUGCAUCCUAGUUGGUCCACCUUCUUCAGGGAAGACUUCACUGAUAAGGUUAUUGGCUCAGCUCACUGGAAAUGUGCUAAAUGAAUUAAGCCUUUCAACUACAACUGAUAUAUCUGAGUUACUUGGAUGUUUUGAGCAGUAUAAUGCCUUCCGCAAUGUUAGGUCACUUAUUGCUCAAGUUGAGUGCUAUGUUAGUGAGUACUGCAGCUUGCAGUUGGAGUUUGCAAAGAUGGCAUUUAUAAGUGAAAGAACAGAUUUGAUCACCAAGUGGCUUGCUUUCCUAUCUAGUAUGAAUUCCAGCUCCAUGUCAAGUUCUACUUCUAUCUAUCUGGAGAACUGGGAGAGCAUGACGAACUCUCUUAGUUUGCUUGUUGAGAUCAUUCAACAAUUGAAGUUGGAUGUUACACAAAAUAGAUUACCUUUCUCCUGGUCAACUGAAGAGCUAAAUAAAACCAUCAAGGUAAUUUCAAAGUUGCAAGAGGACCAGAAAAGAAGGCCACAAUCGGUGAAGUUUGAAUGGGUUGCGGGAUUACUCAUCAAGGCAAUCGAAAAUGGAGAAUGGAUUGUUCUAGAAAAUGCAAAUCUUUGUAAUCCCACGGUUCUCGAUAGAAUCAACUCUUUGGUGGAGCCGAGUGGUUCCAUUACAGUUAAUGAGUGUGGGAUUGUUGAUGGAAGCUCAGUGGUUCUUCAUCCACACCAUAAUUUUCGAAUUUUCCUCACGGUUAAUCCAAGCCAUGGUGAAGUAUCCCGAGCAAUGCGAAACAGAGGAGUUGAAAUCUUUAUGAUGCCACCGUACUGGCUGCUUAAUGACGGAAGUGACUUUGAACUUAAGGAUGUAAAAAGAUUUCUUGUUUCAUCUGGCAUUCCUAUGGAUAGAUUAGUUGAUUCAAUGGCCAAAGCUCAUAUUUAUGCCAAGAAUGCAGGCUUACAUGUUAAUGUUCAAAUUACAUAUCUUGAGCUUGCCCGUUGGGUUCAAUUAUUUAAGCAGCUUCUCAUAAAUGGCAAGCAGCCUUUCUGGAGCCUCCAGCUAAGUUGGGAGCAUACUUAUCUAUCUUCUUUAGGUGAAGCUGUGGGAUGGGACAUUGUCAAUCAUGCAAAAGUUGCUUACUUCUCAACAGCAACAUUGUCAGAAUCUGAUUUGCAUGCAGAGUUGUCAUUGUAUUUACCUGGGGGCUGGCUAAUGCCAUUGAAGUUGAGGGAUUUUAUAUGGUAUUCGAAAGAAGCUUCUGUCAGACAGAAUCUCAUGUAUUUGGAGUACCUUGUGGCUCAACACGAGUUGGGUUCAUCAUGGAACAGGAGGUGUGUGGACCAUGACUUGUCUGCUUCUAGCCGCAGGGGGGUUGGCUUGAUGGAAAUGAAGAUGAUAUGCCAGCUCAUGUUUCCUAAGGCUCCAAACUGCUUGAAUUCUAAAUCUGUUACGAACACAGAAAUUGAUAUGAAGCUGACUAAGAAGAUGCUAUUGUUUGCUGCGAACUGGACAGUUGAACAAGCUACUGGAAGCGAUUAUAAGCUUUAUCUUCUCCACUUUAGCUGGUUUAGUUCCAAACUGCAAUCGAGUGAUCAUUUUUUCAGAUCUUUUCUGCAUUUGCUCGAACAGGAAUUGGAGCAUCCUAUUUGGAAGUGUAUUUUUCAUUCCUACCAUGAGCUUGCUUAUCUUCCUUAUGCAGAUUCUAGCUUGCAGCUGACACCAUUGCUUUCACUUGAUUUAGUUGAUUUAACAAUGUCAUAUGGCAUGGCAGAAGUGUCACAUAAACGCCUUUGUAAUGCUAUUAACUGUAUAGAACUUCUAAGGUUUUCAUAUCAACAGUGGAAUGCCCAAAGUGGGCACGGCUAUGCUAAUGAAACUCAGCGUUUCAAGCCUGUCUUGGAUGCUCUGCAGGAGUUGGAAGAGGAAAUUCUUAAUAUGCUUGUUGAAUCUCCAUCUUACAAUGUCCUGAUAAAAUUAUACAGGGACCUUCUCGAAGAUCACUUGACAUUUUGGGAUGCUUUUACGUCAUCUCGGUUUGAGCAAUUGGUAGUUUCUUGGCAUUCUUUGAUAAAGGAUGUUUCAAAAUUGCGGGAUUUCUGUCCUGGAGCUGUAGACAAUUUAUUCAUGAUUGCUAGUAGGAAUAUGGAUAAAAAAUUUCAUCAACACUCGCAACAAUCCUUGCUCUGGAUUCAUGGUGGUCAUCCAAUUUUACCUGCAUCUGCUGAAUUAUAUAAGAAGCAGCAGUUGUUUUUAGAGCUAUGCGAGUCAAUUUGGCCAACAAAGGCAAAUCCCUAUAAGCAGGGACAUGAUUGUCUCACUGAGGUAGCUGCUUCUUCCACUCCUAAACUUCGCUUCCUUGCGGUGCAAGGGGGUAGAAGAAUAUUUAUUGGUGCAUUGGAUGUGGGUUUUGGAAGGGAGAAAGAUAGGACAGUUGGAGGUAUUUGCAUGUCAGCAUACAUUACCAGUAGUUGCAAUGAAGAUAAUGGCCAAGUUGUUCUGCAGUUGGAGGAAAUGAUUCAGAUGCUGUUGGAAAGAUUUGAAUAUGAAAAGAGGAAAUUGGAGGCAAAGUUACUGUCAAAUGAGUCAGUGACUCUCGAGGAAAAUUCAGUUUCUUGCUGUGAUUUCUCUCCUGAAACACGGUGUACAAAACCUGGCUUUUCUAGUUGGCUGGAAACACUUCCUAUAAUUGACAGUAAAAGUUUUGUCCUUGAUAUGGAUCUACUUCAAAAGCUUUCAAUGAUUGUUUUGGCUGAUCGCAGAGAAUGUCAGCUGUUUUAUAAACAUCUUUCAACUGGGCCAUGGGCAUUUAUGAAACACUAUGACUGCGUUGAGAUAGUAUGCUUAGUGAAUGCAAAAAUUGCCAGUUAUGUUCUUGAAAUGUGGUUUUGGUGGCAUUCGUCGUUGUGGAGCCAUUGUCCUGUUUUUUCUGAGAACUUUGGAAAAGUUGAUGGUUAUCAAACUCCACUACCUGAUAUGCUAGUUCAACCUGUGCAGACUGCAUCUAUUGUUCAAUCUCUGCAAAGAACAUGUGCUAUUAAGGAUUAUUCUGUUCACUGUUUGAAGCUUAAAUCUGCUUCGUGCAACUUGUGGCAAAGUUCUUUACCAGGAAUGGACUUGUCUAGUUUUCUCUUAUCUGUUACUCGCUCUCUCUUCCAACAGAUUAUAUAUGCACACAGAAAGGCAUUUGAUGUUGAUAAAUUUGCAGUAAUCAAGUCCAUAUUUUCCACCUUCCAUAAGAAUGUGACAACGCAAGAUGACAUACAGCGUUUGAUCUCUGUUCUUGGGUCAUCAAACCAUCAGAAGCUGAACUCCUUGGUGUCUUUGUUCAUUGAGCCAAUACUUCAGGAGCUUUAUCUUCACUGCUCAUCAACUGACUUGUACUUGAACAAUGGCUAUGCGUGGUUACAAAUUGGGGCUUUGCGUUUUAGUCUCUUGCUUAGCGGUGAUGAUUUUGACCCUGCCAUGAAAUAUUCUUUCAAGCACUCGCAACUAGAAGAAAGGAUUUCAUCUCUCAAGCUUGAAAUAAAGGUGCGGCAAGAAUGUGACUAUCUUGCAGGACGGUUAUCUUCAAGAGAGGCUGAUAAAAAGAGGACAGAUGCAUUAGAAAGGCUUGAAAUUGAGCGUAAAAGGAUUCAGAGAAAGAUGGUGUUCCGCUGUAAUCCUUUAAAAUAUAAUGCUUUGAGAAAGGAAUGCGGAGAGUUCCUUAAACCUGCUAUGAAGGUUGUGGGUUUGGUGGGUAACAUUGAAGGUAUGGAUUUACAGCAGGUUCUUGAACAAGCAUCGAACUGGCAGGCAACAGCGACCUCUUUUAUUGACCGAUUAUCAGAUGAAUAUAAGGAUUACAUUGAUGUAGCUCAGCCAUUUCAAGUCGCAGUAUAUGAAAUGAAAUUGGGCCUGUCGCUGGUCCUAUCUGUUGCCUUGCUCAAGAAGGUUCUGAGUAGAAUCAAAGAGGAUAGUGUGGAUAGAGUCAUGGAAUCAAUUUAUUUGUUUAUGAGAUUCCCUCGAGUAUAUGCAUUCGAGUCAAGUUUUUCUCACAUCAUAGGCAGUCCUGCAAACUUUUGGGAACUGGAAAUGGGUUUGCUGGAAAAGCUGGUUUUCGUUUCAAGUGAUGUCAUUACUGAAAAAAUGGGCUCUGUCUUGCAACUCAAAACUGGUCUGAAUCAGAAUAUUGUUGUCCGUGUUGCACAAUCUGUUGCUGAUGCACAGAGAAUCGAUGAUGCUUCGUUCAAGAUAUUGGAUAAGAUGUUCCAUGAAUUUGCCAGCAUGUGGAUGAAUAUGAAAGUUCAAGUAAAAAGCAAAGAAGGUCUUGAUGCUCAACAAUACAAGUUCAGGCCUCGGGCCUUUAAGAUCAAAAGCAUUGUUGAUGUUGAUUUUUCUACUCUCAACCAAUUCUUUCCAAAUGAUAGCUUUUCAGAAUGGCAGGAGCUGCUCUCUGAAGAGGAAUCUUUGGAAAAGGUGGAAGCUAGCAAUGAGCAUGAGAGUGUAGAGGAUGAAUGGAACCUUAUGCAUGAAACUAUCUUGAAGAAUAUGAUCUGCAUACACAACCAAUUAUUUGGGUCCACCAAUCUUGUUCUAUAUGCUGGAAGUUUCCAUCUGUCCGAUGCUGAUAGGCUGCUUUCAUUCACCAACUCUUACACAUUAGGGUUGGGGAUGAUUGAAGGUGAUUAA